AUGGCAGGUGCUAAUGCUCGACGCAAGAAGCGAGAGAGAGAACAAGCACAACCAAAUACCACCAGCACAAAUGUCAGUGGUACUGGAGUUCCCGAUCCAGUAGUUCCAGAUGCUCCUGGAGUUCCCACACAGCCUCCCGCCCUUCCAGUUCAAGAUGCUGCACCGCCAGGCACAACACCACAUGCUCCACAACCACCUCAUACAGGUUUCAAUCAAUAUGGUCCACCAGCAAAUGACACGCCGCCACAUCGUCGGCCUGUCGUACCUCCACAUGGUAGAGAAGGUGGGCCAGUACCAAGGCCUCAAGACACUCACGAAUCCAUGCGCAACGAUCUCUCCAAAUUGAGUAUCUCAAACACCAGUUCGGCGCUGGCUGCCAAUUAUUUCCCUAUUGAGAUCGGAAGCAUCAAUGUCGUUUAUCAGUAUGACCUGGAAAUUUCAAGACCUGAAUCCUCUGGAAGUUCCGGAAAGCCUGAAAAGGCCAGGAAUCUUGGACACGCUGGAAAUGCAGAAAGGCCUCCACACAUAAACGCCAGUCAAAAGGCAAGAAUCGUUUGGCUCAUCAUGAAUCGAUUGAAACGAGAAAAUGCCAAGGUCAAAAUGGCAAUGGCUACCAACUACAAGACCAUGAUUAUCACCAGCGCAGAGUUUAGUGAAAGCACUUUUCCGCUGACUUUAAAAGUGCCGUAUCAUGACCAAUUUCACCAAAGCCCUCCUCAGACCAAUCCGACUGUCUUCAAUGUCCUCAUUAAGGCUCCAGAGCAACUAGUUCUUAGCGAACUCAUGAACCAGUUGAGCAGUGGUCAGCCUCGGGGUUCCAAUCCUGAAGAAUGCGACCAAACUCUUACGGCACUCAAUGUUAUUUUUGGCUAUCGCCCAUACCAGAAAUCCUUCGUGCAGCAACCCCCCACUGCGACGCGCCAAACUGAAAUCCUGCCAACAUACACUACAGUAGAUGGGGGAAAAUUCUAUGGUGUUGUCUACCGAACUAGAAACGAUAGUGCGACUGGACAGCCACUAAAAGAUCGAGGCUGGGAAAGACGCGACGGCGUGAAAAGCAUUCUGGGGUUUACCAGGAGUGUGCGACCUUUCUCCGGAAUUCCAGGCAAGCUACAUCUUAACGUAAACACUACAACCGCUAUGUGCUAUCCCUCAACUGGCACGGUCGCGGAAUUGAUCCAACUCUGGGCUGGACAGCAGACGAACCUCAAUCGAUCUCAGACAUCGCUGGCGUCCCAGGAGCAGGUCAAAAAAAAUGUGCCGACCGCUGCCACCUGGAUGACUCCACAAGGCCACAAUUUGGUGCAAUUCUUCCAAUCGCAAGGCUAUGGCAACAUAGUACCAACUGGAUAUGUUGUUCAUAUUGGCGAUCGCAAAAAUCCUACACCUUUCCCCGCAGAGCGCUUGUACAUUAUUCCUGGGCAAUUAUUCAAGAAUAGUAUUGACAAGCCUGUUGGUGCUAUCAGGUUGCCAGUAAACAACCGUCAACUGAUAAUGGACAAAGGCUUCGAUCUUUUCUAUGGUGUUCCCAACGAGGAAGGCCCAAGGGCAUUCGAUUUGAGGCUUGAGAAGAAGAUGCUACAAGUACCUGUCAGGCGAAUGGGAACACCACAGAUCCAGUAUCGAGGGUCCGCGGUGCAAAAGGCCAAGCUCACAACUGGGGCAUGGGAUUUGAAGGGCCAGAGGUUCUUCAUCACCAGUGAGAAGCUAACAGACUGGACUUACCUGGUAAUCAACCUGUCAAACAAAGAGACGUGUCAUCAAGACAGUCUAUUUAGCUUCGGUAGCAGCCUCCAGACUGCCCUCGAUAGCUAUGGAAUGCGGUUCAAACUGAGAAAGUCGAAAACCCCCUCUAAUCAUCGACUGACACUACCAUUUGAGAGGUUGCCUGGUACUCGCCAGGAAGAUGAUUUGGCAGAACAACUCAGAUUGAUCAAGGUCAAAUUGCUGGAGUUGGUUGAACAGGCUGGAGUCCGACUCGCUGUAAUCGUCCUUCCUAGUAAGGACCAAGACCUCUAUGGCGCGAUCAAACGAGCGGGCGAUGUCCAAGUUGGGAUCUCUACAGUCUGCACAGUCGCGGUUCGACCAUCAAAGAAAGGUAACACCCAGCCAGUGAAAGGCGCUUCUGAUGCUCUCAAUGCACCGAAAAGUAGUCCAGAUUUCUUGGCCAAUUUGUGCCUCAAAAUGAAUUUGAAAUCUGGCAAGGAAACUGUGAAUCAAGCUUUGACGUUCAAAGGACCCAUCCUGACACAGCGGACCAUGAUCAUAGGAAUCGAUGUCACUCACCCUGGAGCAAAUGCAAUGCUUGGAGCGCCGAGCAUAGCAGCGGUGGUCGGCAGUGUUGACUCGGAAUUUGCACAAUGGCCAGCUAGUUUCGGCGCAGUCUACCCGGAUCCAUUGAAGGAGUCUAAAGAGGAGAUCGACAACCUCGGCGACCUUGUCUACAAGCGCAUCAAGGACUAUUUCGAAAGAAACCACGUACAGCCAGACAAACUCAUCAUCUACCGCGACGGCCUGUCAGAGGGACAGUUCAGAAUGUGCAGGGAGACCGAGUAUCCAUCCAUACAAAGAGGCCUCGACAAAGUCGCACAGGAGUUUGGUUUUCCCAAACCCAAGGCGAUCCUCAUCUGCGCUGUUAAACGGCAUCACACCCGCCUGUUUCCGAACGAGGACUCGCUGAAGAGGGGCCUGGUAGAUGACAAUGGAAAUCCACCACCAGGCACCAUGGUGGAUGAAUCAAUCACCUAUGGCGACGGCGACGAUUUCUUCCUCGUCAGCCAGAAGGCCAUCCAAGGCACCGCACGACCAACUCACUACGUCGUCCUCAAGAACGACCUCGAAGAGCCUUGUUCACUUGGAGCAAUGGCUCAGAUGACACACAACCUCUGCUAUCUCUUCGGCCGUGCAACUCGCUCCGUCGGUGUCUGCCCGCCCGCUUACUACGCCGACCUGGCAGCUGAUCGUGCCCGUAUUUGGGUGAGACGCUUCUACAACGCCCCCAAGGUUGACGGACAGCGACAGAAAUACGAUCGAGCGGUACAUGAUGCCGAGUUCGUGGGUGGUCUGCUUGCUGAGCAUCAGAAUCUCAAGGGCCACAUGUUCUACAUCUAG